CCGCCCACGCGGUCACGUGACACACCCCCGCCCGACACGUGACUCUCCUGACCCGGAAGUGGCGCGCGGGGGACGCUGACGCUGGAACAAAGAUGGCGGCCCGCGGCGCUGGGGCCGUGCUGGGGCUGCUGCUGCUGCUCAGCGCGGGCCCGGCCUGCGCCCGCGUCCACCACCUCACCCUCAAAGAUGAUGUGAGGCAGAAAGUGCACCUGAAUACCUUUGGCUUCUUCAAGGACGGUUUCAUGAGAGUCAGUGUCAGCAACCUUUCCCUGAAGCCAGCAGUGGACGCUAAUGACAUGGGCAGUUUAUCAGUGGGAUUCAGCUUGGAUCGAACAAGAAAUGACGGUUUCUCCACUUACCUGGAUGAAGAAGUGGAUUACUGUAUCUUGAAUAAGACACCAGAGCCAGAUGUCUCUGUUGUACUCUUACUUCUGGACAUAAAAGCUGAAGUUGUGAAAGUACAGUUCCCUUCAGAAGCUGCUUCUUUGUUACCUAAAAUUUUAUUUGUAUCUGAGGCAAAUGGUACUGCCUUAAAUACCAAGCUGCUAAAAACUUCUGAACCGAGCAGUGAUUCUGGUAGAAAUCCUCCAAGGACCAACGAAAAUGCAGAUGGCAAAGGUAAGAAGUCCAAACGAAGUACAACAUCCUCCAAGAGCAUGGUAGAACAAGAACAUCCUGUUCACAAUGACAGAGGAACUUUUUCAUUUCAGUUCUUCUUUAACAUCAGCUCGGAUAAACAAGAAGGUCUCUACAGCCUGUAUUUCCAUAAGUGUGUUGGCAAUAAAGGGCCAUCUAACGAUCAGCUGCUCUUUAGUCUUGAUAUAGAUAUUACGGAAAAGAAUCCUGAAAGCUACCUCUCAGCAGGUGAAAUCCCACUGCCAAAACUUUACAUUUCCAUGGCUAUCUUCUUUUUCCUGUCUGGGACUGUGUGGAUCCACAUACUUCGUAAACGCAGAAAUGACGUAUUUAAGAUCCACUGGCUCAUGGCAGCCCUUCCUUUCACCAAAUCAUUGUCCUUAGUCUUCCAUGCGAUCGACUAUCACUACAUCUCUUCUCAGGGAUUCCCCAUUGAGGGCUGGGCUGUUGUUUAUUACAUCACUCACCUACUGAAGGGAGCUCUUCUGUUCAUCACUAUUGCCCUCAUUGGCACAGGCUGGGCUUUCAUUAAGCACAUCCUGUCAGAUAAAGACAAAAAAAUUUUCAUGAUUGUCAUCCCACUUCAGGUACUGGCAAACGUGGCCUACAUUAUCAUAGAGUCAACAGAGGAGGGGACAACUGAGUAUGGACUAUGGAAGGAAAUCCUUUUCCUGGUGGACUUGCUGUGCUGUGGAGCCAUCCUAUUCCCAGUGGUAUGGUCAAUAAGGCAUUUGCAAGAGGCUUCAGCAACAGAUGGGAAAGCUGCCAUUAACCUAGCAAAGCUGAAGCUCUUCAGACAUUACUAUGUCAUGAUUGUGUGUUACAUUUACUUCACACGGAUCAUUGCAAUUCUCAUAAAGAUUGCUGUUCCAUUCCAGUGGAAAUGGCUGUACCAGCUGCUGGAUGAGAUGGCCACACUCGUGUUCUUUGUCCUUACUGGGUACAAGUUCCGUCCAGCAUCAGACAACCCUUACUUACAGCUCUCUCAAGAUGAUGAGGAUGACUUGGAGAUGGAAGCUGUGGUGACGACUUCAGGAGUAAUGGAGGGCAUGAAGAAGGUCAAGAAAGUGGUGAAUGGUUCAGCAGAGCCUCAGGGCGAAUGGGAAGGCACAGCAUGAUGGACUGGACUAAGGCAGCACUUUCAGAGAAACUUUUUUAAUUUAUUAAUAUUACUCUCAGUGGAAAGGGAGCAACUUGCACUCCCCACCACUGAAACUGCAGAGUGGGGUAUGUCUAGGGGGAGCAAAGCAGUGCAGAAAUAUAACUAUUCCUUUGAUCCUGAGAAAAUGGGAUCUCCUGGUACCUGCAAGGAGUGUGAAGCUUUCCUAGGGAUUUUGGGUAGCUUAUGUUUUUCCCCCCCUUUCUGGAUCGGUUCUUUAUUCUGAAUUGUUGUGUUCUUCAGAAUGUGUAAUACUAAUGUGAAGAGGGAUCUUCAGUGUGUAUGUAAAGAAUAUAUUUUAUAUAAUGCUCAUAUAUAUAUACACACACACACACACUUGCUAUGUAACAUGUAUGCUGGGACUUGCAAAGCCUGUCAGAAGGUGGGAAAAGAAGAUAAAGACAUGUAAGUAUUUUUUUUUUUUUUCCUUUUUAUAAACUCUCCUUUUGGCUUGGACAAAACGUUGCAGAACAAAUGGAUGGGAACAACUGCAGUUAUUUGAGAGACUGAACGGGUAUUGGAUCAGAUGACUUCUGCCACUGCUCAUACAAGUGUGAGAGGUGAUAAGUAUCUUCUUGUCUUAUCCCUGCAGGUGUCCACCUGAAUGUGUCAGGUUUUCAGCUGUGUUGCUAUACAGGAAACGAGUGACUGUUCUCCAUUAAAGCACUAAGCCCAUAGUGCAAUAAGCAUUUAUGUACAUUCUUCACUGUCCAUGGAGUUGCUCGUGACUCACCCCCACCUGACAACAAGUACACAAAAGGUGUAAGACUGAUGUUUGCUUUUUAGGGGUCUGCCUAAAUGUUUACUUUCAAGCUGUGACCCAGAGCACUUUGGUUGCCUUCAUAAAAUAUUUUCAAGGUAUUUCAAAAGUCGCUCCUUUCUGGCACAGUGUAAACAGUACCAGACUCUCCAAUGAAAAUCUGUCUAGCCAUUUUACUGCAGCAUAAAUCUCUGGUUCACAGUUAUCCUGAGUUACUGGGCCUCUCUGGAUGGCUACUUGUAUCUCUCUGGCUGUGUAGGAUUAAUGACACUGCUGUUUGAGAUGAGCUGAACUGGUCAAAGUGGUGUUGCCACCAAAAACUGGCAGCUGUAACUCCCAGUCCUAAAUGUUUGGUUUUUAUCAGGAGAGGAGAAGAUUAUGACCAGAACCUUGAUGAAGGGGAAUAUAGAAUCCUUGACUGUUAGCUGCAGACUUGCAGUGGAGUCUUUACAGAUAUGUUCCAAAAUGCCUCAUGUUUUUUUCUCUGUAGUCCCUGGGAUUGUCAGUAGGGCAGUUGGUGUCCAGAGCUGUAGUAGUGAGAAUGGGUGUUAAUUUGGGGGAGGAUGGAAGUGGCUCCUGGUGAAAUGAGGAUUAGCUUUACGAAAAUAAAUCAAGUGUAAGUCACUGACCCACUGAAGCCUUAAUAUUCAUGCAGAGACAUUGACAUGUGGUGCUGUUGAGCCAGGUGCUUCUGCCAGGGUGUCAGGGAGAGACACUGUCAGAGCUCUGGAUGCGCCAGCAUCGCUUACAGACUCAUUCAGGAAUUGGCUUUUUGGAGAGACUACAUUUCUGGGGCACAGCUGAUAAGAGAACUGUUAGCCACUAGGUUAUUUUAUUCUUCAAUCUGAGAAGGAGGAUUUCCUCUAUAAUCUUGAACCACUUCCUCACUCCUGAGCAGGGAUUGUGGAGCUGUUGGUGAGCUGUCUGUACCAAGACUUGCUGUUUGAGGAGCAGCAUCACUUUCCCCCAUUGCCCCUUCUUUUCCCAGGUGUUGGUUCUGUGCACCAUGGAAAUGGUAGAAACAAAUCUACCUGCUUUGAUACCUGGAACUGCUUUCUCUUCAGGUAAAGCACAAGAAUAGCAUUUGUCUCUGGCUGCAGUGUCCUCUUCUGUUUUCCUCCUCAGCUGUAACUUCACAGUAAUCACAGCAGUGAUAGUUUGACUUUGCUGUCAUUGACUUGCAGUGAGAUGGUUUUAGUGGGAAGAGAUCCUAUACCACUGGAAAGGCUGUUUGGUGACCUACGGGCCUUUUAAGCCUUCUGUAGGAAGAAGUCAUCUGCGUAUUUAGCUGAAGUGUGAGAAAUUGGACCAUAAACAAAACACAGGCAGUCCCAGAUCAUCAUACAUUUAAAUGCAAUACCUGAAAAACUCAUCCUCUGCAGUUACUCUGUCCCUGGGAAGUGUCACUCACUGCAUCCAAAGGGCUGCUCAAACAGGCUGUAAAGUCUGUUGAGAGAAGCCCACUGAAGAAGUGUGUUAGCACUGAGGUAUGUAAGGGAUAAGGAUGUGCUGUCAGGAACGAAGUGCAUCUGGACGAUGCUAUUCUAGAGCCUGUGAAUUCCUUUUGUGAAUGAGAUGUGAAAUUGUCCUGGGUGUGGCAUUUCACUGAAAACCUCGAGGGCUGUGCUGUGGUCCCAGGAAGUGCUGAGCUGGUUCCAAACAGCUGCCUAUUCCAUACCUCAGCAUCAGUGGAGCUGACAGUUUGGCAGGUGCUGUUACCUUAGUCUCAGGUUUCUCUUUUUUUUUUUUUAAUAGAUGCAGUUUUUUUGCUAAAGUUGCAUAUGGUGUAGGUUUAUCUGCCAAGUCCCUGGCUCACCAGUCAAAGGCCAAAAAAACCGGGUCAUUUCUUUUUGUCUUGGCAUGAAAAGCCACAGCAGUAUUCUGGAAGUAUUUUUUUACAAGAGCUUUUUCCAAGUUCAACCCUGAGCUUCAGCAGUCAGCUCUACAACCAGCUUUAGCUGGUGCUUUACACAGGAUGCCAAGCAGCAGGAAAUGGUCAGACCUGAGCAUUAGGAAGGAAAAUCAAAGUCAUGGUCAAACCAAAACUCAGAAGAAUCUUUUUGCAGCCGUUUCCAAAGUGAAUUUUUCUCUGGUGCAGUUCCUUGGAGCAGGACAAAAAGUCUGUCGUGCAGGGGUGUAGGAUGGAUAUGAUGGGUGGGUCGGCAGCUGGGAUGUUGGAGGGUGGAGAGGAUGGCCGCAGUUGUGCUUCUCUCCAGCACGGUGAGUGCUGCACUGCAGAGCAUCAAAGACAGCACUGCUCCCUCCCCUCCUUCCCAGGCAGACCCACAGCUGCAUGGCUGGCAUUGCAUGACUCCAGGGCUAGUGGAGUGCAGCAGCUUGGAGCUUCCCAGGCAGGAUAAUCAGUGCUUGCCUUUCACAUGCUGAUGGCUGCUUAUCUGGUAGGAAGCUGUGCCUCUCGAAGGGAGGGAAGCGAGAGGAGCUGUUGUGGAUUGCAGAUCGUUUAGGGAUAUGCAGCUUUACUUCCCUGUCGCUGCUUUUACUGAAGUGAGGAGCUGAAGCAAUCGCCCCGACAGUACCCAGCAGCAGAGGGACAGGAGUCCUGGAACGGCAGGUCUGGUGCAAUGGGAAUAAAUGGUUUGAAUGCUUUCCCAUAUGUUGCUGCAGCGGAGCACUCGGUCCCCUCUGCAGAUAAAAAUGAGAUUGGUUCAGUCUUCACUUGUAAUGCAGGUUAUGCCCCAAUAAAUCCCUGUGGAUGCUGACAUGCACGUGCCCCUGCUGCACUCCUCCUUCCUGCCGUAGCUGCUCAGCAGGCUGUCUUCCAGAGGAAGCCUCCUUGCAGUGCAACUGCCAGACUCUUGCAUUCUUCAGGCUGGAAAAUGUUUUCCUUGAUGGUUCAUCAAGAGACGUACUAAAAGAAAGCAAGACAUAAUGGGGUCAUCUGGAACACUGCUGCUGCCUGCUCGGAGUGGAGCAGUUUGAGUUGAAGAAGCCACAUGCUGUCCUAUUAAGAUGCUCUUUCAUGUUGUCAUCUAACUCGGUGUGUCGUGAUGUGUGCAGUGCAUUGUUCAGUGUUUCCCUCCAGCUGAGUGCCCCGUUCCUGGAUUUCCAUGCUGGCAUACCCUGGGAGAGCAUGUUGUAAAAAUUUGCUGCAUUGCAGCAUUUUGUCUGGAGCUCAUAGUGUGGAAGAUGUAUUUUUUCUAAGCUAAGUGGACCCUCUCUAGCAUGAGCGUGCAUCCACCAUGUAUCCUUGAGCACUGUAACAUUCCUUCUGGCCAUGAAAGGGCAUGUCUUGAUCACUCCAGUGUGCACAUCUGGUGGAAGUCCCGUGGAAGAUUUUUAGUCUUUUUUCCUUACUCUGUGUUCCUCUAGAGAAAAGCAGUCAAGUCACUGACAAUCAAAUUGAUGAGAAGGGAGGGGAUUUUGUUGUUUAUUUGAAAACUUCCCGAUUUGAAGCGAAUAUUGGGUAUUGUAGGCUCUUUUGAGAACUGCAGUUCCCUACCUAGUAAGGAGAGGGAAGGAAAUCCUUCUUCCUUUAGCCUACCUUUAGUCUCCUUCAUUUUGACCUGUCACGCCAGCUAACAGACUGCUGUCACUUGAAAGCAGAUGUUUUAUAGAUCCUGUUAUGAUCCCUACUUCACUCAUAGAGCACGUCCCCAUUUUUCACCUGUGUACAAAGAGUGAGGAGCUGUGAUCUGCAGGAGUGGGAGGUGCAGUGAGGUUUGAACAUUGUGGGGCUCACACUGAAACUGUGACAUUGUCAGUAGCCUCAAUGUUUCACAAAAGCUGAGGUGGUGCUGCCCAGAGACACUUGACCUAUGUUUCUUUGUGUUCCCUGGGGUUGAUUUGCUGUAAAAGGUUAUUCUAAAUUGAAUUAAUUUGGUUUCUUUUUUGUAGCUGCUGGAUAUGACACUGUUUUGGGCUGAUUAAUCACUUUUCCUUAGGAAUAUUGGGAAGCUGUGCAUUUUCCCCCUUGUAGUUUCUUGCCUGGAUAUAGCAAUGAUCCAGGGAGAACUAUACAUGACCUGUGCUCCCAAGUGGCUGGAACAGGAUUUAGGAAAAUACUGAUACUCAGAUGUUGAGUGGUGUAGGAAGAAAGUGGCUGAGAAAAGAAUCACUUCUUGUAGGCUGACUGGCUCAAGAACCCAUUUAUGUUUUGACUGCAGCAAUCCUCUAGAAAGGACAAUUCUUAAUAAAUACUUCCCUGUGGGAUUUCACUCAAGUGUUCUGCUCUCUGUGUACUAAAGUAGAGUCCGACCUCCACAUCAUCAGAAGCACUUCAUCCUGUAGCCAGUGGAGCUGGUACCUGCUCUAUCAAAACAGAGCAUGGGUCUAAAUAGCUUCCCUUGCCCUUUAGGAACUAUUAAUAAUUAAUUCUAGAUCCUCUUGUGUCAUUAAGCAGCUUUAGGGCACCUUGUACAAUGUAGCUUUGAAUUCAUUUAGUAAAUGACCUCCAGAAGAACUAAAGAAGACUUUUCUGUGUACAGCAAGGUCCAGUUCCUGGGGUUUUGGUGACCUGUAAAUAUCCUAUUCCUCAGUUCCUGUUCAGAUGUAAAAAUGGAUUUUUUUCAGUAUUUUUUUAAACUUUAUUAAAAGAACAGCAAACAUUAUUUGAAGAGAAACAAGGUAGAGAUAAGUCAGGACAGUCUGUGUAACUUGGUUUCCCUGCUGUGAUGCAAAUGUGUAAAAUAAAGACUGACCAGAAAGAA